AUGUUGCGAACACUCGGAUAUCCUCGACUCAUAUCGAUGGAAAAUUUUCGAAGUCCAAAUUUCAAACUCGUUGCUGAAUUGCUUGAAUGGAUUGUCCGUAGAUUUGAUCCAAACUGUCGAAUUUCGACGAUGUUGGACACGGAACAAGAGCGCGUCAUCUUCGUCAAGUCGGCGGUAUUAAUCUUAUUGCAAAAAGCACGCAUCAAAUUAAAUCCGAAGAAACUUUAUCAGGCCGAUGGAUACGCAGUGCAAGAGCUGGCAGUAGCGAUUCGCUUAGUGCAUGAAACCACCAAGCAAUCGUUAGAUUCCGAAAGUAGUGCUAUCGCGUGGAAUGCGCUGCGUUCAAAGAUUAACAGCAAGAUGCAAGAAGUGCGUGCGUGCAGGCAACUUGCGUCACAGAUUCCGCAGUCUGGUGCAACCCUUUACGAUCUUUUGGCAAAAGAAGUUAUUGCAGCAAAUGAACUCACGCAGAUUAAUCACAAUAUACAAAAUAUCAGCUCUGAUGAAGCAUCACUUGACACAAAGAUUGAACGCAAAAAGAGAGAAUACGACCAACAGCAGAAGCGACUCGCAAAACUUCAGUCAUUUCGUCCGCAAUAUAUGGAUGAAUAUGAGAAAUACGAAAAGAAACUGAAACAACUGUAUGCAGUCUAUGUGCUCAAAUUUCGUAACGUUGCUUAUCUGCAGCAGCUACAGAAUGAAUUUGAUAAAGUUGAACGACAGCGUACCGUACAAGCUGAACAAGCGAUGCGCAAUAUCGUUGAAAGAAUGCGUGCUGAACAAAUCGCACUAACAAAUAAUCAACUUGGUGAACUGGAAGCAGAGGAAGAAGCUGAAUCACGCAAGAAAGCAAUCAAAGUAUUCGGGAACAUGACCGGCGCAGGUUUGAGUGAUGAAGAGGCAGACGAUGAUCUUGGACAUGAGGAGUUCAGUGAAGAUGACGAUGAGGAGGAGGAGAAGUUGAUCUAUGAUAACAAAACAUCCAAGACAACGCGUGAGUAUACGAUGCCAGUAAUUGAGGCUCUAGAGAAGAUCAUUCGACCUGUGCAUGCAAGAAGAAAGAAUGAACUUGAGAGGAUGAAUGCAAUCGCUCAGAAGUACGCACCACAUUUCGGUUCGGGACCGUACUUCGAAGCGUUAAAAGCAACAGGAAAUGUGUGUGCAUCAGUGAACAAAAAGGAGGAGGAAAUGCUGGCUGAUGUGUACGACCGGGUGUUGGCACCAAUGAAAAGUUGGGUCGAGGAGGACUAUCCUCGACUUAUGAAGGAUAUUAAAAAGUGUUAUGCGCUAAAAGAUGAAAUGGACCGUGCUGUAAUGGCUCAAGGAGCACGUCAAACUCCAGAACGUUCCGCGAAAUGUGAAGCUGCCAAGAAGAAGCAUAAUGAUUUCUUUGAAAGAGUCAACACUGAAUAUUUAUAUGAGAAAUUUUCAAAGACGCAGUUCGAGAAUGCGUACACAAAGUGUUCUGCAGAAAUUGAUGCAGGUGCUGCAGCAUUACAAGCAAAAAGCACCUCUCCUGGAUUAUAA